AUGUCCUCUCAAUUCUUGCAGACUGAGAUUACCAAUUUGAUUCAAGAAUCCAAGAGGAAAAACUCCGAUUUGCGAAAUGCCGCUGAACAAUCAUUGAAUGAGCUUAAAGCCCUGCCUUCAACAUCGGAGGCUCAAAUAGCAGCAGACCUUGUCCGCAAGCCACACUUCGUGGAGCCAUUCAUCAUUGCGUGUCAUACUCGCCAUGCAAAACUAGCCGGCAUAGCGGUCAUUUGUUUGCAAAGGUUGAUUGCAUCGCGAUCACUGCCCUCGACUCGCCUCAAAGAUGUUAUAGGAGGGUUAAAAGAAACAACAGGCCUAAGCCUUGAUAUUCAACUGAAGAUCCUACAGUCCUUGCCUUCGUUGUUGCAAUUCUACUCAAACGAUCUGAGCGGGCAGCUGCUUGCAGACACAUUGGAAAUAUGUGCCACGUUACAAGCAAGCAAAACCAUUGCAGUCUCCAGCACUGCGGCUGCGACUCUUCAACAGCUAGUAGUUUCGACAUUUGAACGGGUUUUCAGCGAAGAUAAGCUCCCCAAUGACGAGAAAAUUACAACUACCAUCAAGGUCGACGGCCGGUCGCUUGACGUCGGCUAUUUUGCCUACGACGCACUGCUGGUACUAGAUGAUCUAUGUCGUCUGAUUGAUGGCGAGCCACUGCAGUUUCUGCGCUCAAGAACCCUAUCACCAAAUUUCGUCCUGGAACUCAUCGAGAGUAUUCUCUUGAAUAGUGGACGUCUUUUUGUGGGACAUCCCGAGCUCUCGCAAGUGCUACGCGUUCGCCUUUUACCCCUGGCGGUCCGCUGUCUUUCUGAGCGAUCUUCAUUCGCCCAAAGCGUGCGUAUCUCGCGAAUUCUGCUCGUGCUUUUGAAGCGUCAUAUGUCUCUUCUGACGGCAGAAUGCGAGAUGGCACUCAGUCUCAUCACACAUCUUGCUGAGCCGGAUUCAACGGCGCCUUGGAAGCGACUGCUGUGCAUGGAAAUAUUCAGAGGGUUAUACUCCGAGCCUGGUGUAGUGCGAUUGAUAUACACAUUGUAUGAUGGCGAAGAGGGACGAAAGAAUAUUCUUCGUGACCACAUGGCCGCGCUGGUUCGACUGGCCUCAGAGAAGCCCGCUUUGAUUGGGGUCAGUAAUCAGUCGACAGUACCGCUACGGGCAGAUCACACAAGGUCCACUACCGAGGACCAGAUCACUCUUGAAACAGGAGGUGUGGCUGGUGUCAUUGGCUCAACCGUUCCUCCCAGCGAACUCAAGGUUCCUGGAAUUAGCACCCAAUGGAGUGUUGUUCGGACACCAUACAUCGAGCUCCUUGACAAGACUGACCCACCCGUGGCACCGGAGACCUACAUCUACAGCUUGGUUCUCAACUGCAUCAGCAGCUUUGCUGAAGGCCUUGCAAAGUUUAUUCUUCCACUGACAGUUCCGGAUCGGAAACAAAUGCGCAAGAACCGCCUCCUUAGUCCGACCCAAGGACCUGAUUCUGCAAGAUCGUCUCAGGAUUUACCAGCGGAAUCUAUUCGGCCACAACCCAGCUCACCAACGAGAAAAUCGCACGUUCCCGUCAACCCACUCGACCUCCAGUCUCAUGUUCAGUAUUCAGCGAUCAAAACUUGUGCAGGAAUCAUAGAGAACUGUUGGCCCGCUGUCCUUGCAGCCUGCUCUACCUUCCUACGAGCGUCUUUGGAUGACGAGUAUUACCAUAACCUCGUCCGAGCAUUCCAGAAGCUGGCUCAUGUGGCCGGUCUUCUGAGGCUAUCGGUACCUCGAGACGCGUUCUUAACUACCCUUGGAAAGGCUGCGACUCCUGUGAGUGCCGGCAACUCCAAGUCUCAGAAUGCCUCGACUACGGGGUCGCAGCCAGGUGACACACCCCAAAAGAAGCGACGGAGUGCGGAUUUCUCUCUCUCGAACCCUUCCGCAGAAUAUUCUGGAGCGACGACAGGGGAGGGGCCUUUUGUUUCUCUAAGCACGAGAAACUUGCUCUGCAUGCGAGCCCUGCUCAACUUGGGAAUUGCUUUGGGCCCAACACUGGAUCAGUCGGCCUGGUCCAUCAUCUUCGAGACACUUCAGUACACCGGAUUGGUGAUCGGAAUGUCUUCGAGUGCAAUGGUGAAAUCAGCCAGUGGAACCGGAGAGGCGCCACUGACACCGGGGAACGAUGUUCCAAUUGCCAACCUCGGAACCGAAGUAAUUGCUGUUCAAGCGGCGUCUAGCAAGAUGCUAGAAACCACCAGUGAUCUCCCUGGUGAAUGUUUCCAGGAAAUCUUACUCGCGCUGUUGAACCUAUCGACAUUCACUGAACAUCAUCGUCAAGAAGAGGAUGUGAAGGAAGUCUCAGAAAUGCCUCGUUCGCCGCAAUCCUCCAAAAGCGGCGGACGCAUUCAUCAAACCGCCCGACGGGUGUCACACACCGUUGGAAAGUUCAGGAUGCAAGACGACGAGCUCAAGUUUGUUCUCGAUAAGGCAAACGAGCUGGCCAACGCCAACCUCGAGAGGUUCUCUUCGCUCGAAGCCAAUGACAACCAAGCAUGGGGGCUAUUAACGCAGAGUCUGAUUUCAGCUUCCGCAAACACUACCAUUAGCCCAAACCUUCGUCUUCAAGCAAGCGCAAUUUUGAGCUCACUUGUUUUCUCAACAAUGAGACGAAGAGACGUGGACGACGAGAAAGUAUACAACGAGUUACAGACGAGGAACUUGCAGACGUUGAAAGACCAAGUUACUUCGCUAUAUUCGUCCGACUUGCACACGUCCAAGUCUCUGCCAAUAACCGUGAUCGAAAUCCACGAACAGAGCUUGGAGGUGCUUCGGAACAUUUUGGAACAAUACGCAGAAACCUUCGUGGAUGGGUGGCAUCUCAUCUUCGAUCUGAUAUCUGGUGUCUUCGAACCUAUCACACAGCCUGAGACUCUUGAUCAGCCUACACACGCGUUACAGCGUAGACCAUCAGCUCUUCCAGCGGGCCCUCGCCUGGUUCGCACUGCCUAUAAAUCUCUGCACCUUGUUGCUUCCGACUUCCUCUCUUUGCUUCCAGCGUCAUGCCUCUUGAGCCUCGUGAACGCCUUCUCCAGUUUUGCGUCCCAGACCCAAGACUUUAACAUAUCGCUCACGACUACUUCUUUCUUCUGGAAUGUGUCUGAUUUCCUUCAAGGCCAGAUCGAGCAGAUUUCAGUCGAUCAUGUCGAUCCCUCCAUCAGCGAGGAAGAGCUGGCUAGACUAGCUCGCAAUGAAGAUCCGUCCGUCUCUCGGAACUCUUUGUGGUUAUUGCUGUUGCUUCGUAUCGUGGAUAUCACGUCUGACAGCAGACCAGAAAUCAGGAACAGCGCGGUGCAUACCUUGCUCCGUAUUUUCGACGCCUAUGGGCAGCAGCUCUCCCCAAUGGCGUGGCGUCUCUGUUUGAACAUGGUUGUUUUCAAGAUGACCGAAGGAAUCGUCGCCACUCUUCUUGAAGCAAAGAGCAAGCAGAGCCAGGCAAAGUCCGAUGAAUUCAAGUCAUGGGUAGACACGACAGUCGUCAUGAUCAAGGGAUCGUCCAAUUUGAUCACGAACUUCUUCGAAACUCUUGUCCGCGACGAGAAGUUUGAUCAGUCUUGGAAGCGACUUUUGACAUACUGGCAAAAACUGAAUGAUCUGCACAUCUUGGAACUCAAUGAAGCGACGUUCUCCAGCUUAUCGGCGAUUCUCCUUCGAGUACAAACCGCCGGUCAACUGAGUGACGAAGCUCUUGAAUGUGCUUGGCUUGCUUGGGCAAAUGCACACCCUGCUGGGGAUGAGACUGUGCUUGACCUCGACCACCCCAACCAGGAUUCUGCUCUGGCCUACCUGCAAUCUUUCCAGCAAGUAUAUCGUCUCUACAAAGAUCAGUUGACUACGACACAUAUCGAAAAGGUUCUGCACCACCUUCGUCUGCUUGUGUGGAACUCGGUCGCUCCGCGCUACUCCCCGGAUAUCGACAGGCCAUCGGCUCUUCAAGCACUAGUUACCGAUUGCAUCAAGACUCUCUGCUUAGAGAAAGAAGAGUCUCAAGCAGCGAUCCUCUUGUGUCUUGCCGAGCUUUCUGGUUCAGCACAUUCGAGGUGGAGCGCCGGAAGUGAUACUAGAAAACCAGCGUUUGUGGCAUUUUCCAAGAGCUCUAUCGACCUUGUGAACUGGUACAUUGCCGAAUUCGGCAUCAAGCAGGACGUCUUCACGAACGGAGCUCUGGCAGAAACUCUCAAACACCUCAGUGCUCCAAUCGCACAGAAGUACACAUGGCAAGGCAAAGACCGCGAGCCCUUCCUCUGGCAACGAGCCACAACAGCAUCCCUCAACAUCCUACAAGUUGCAGUCCCCUACGCCGAAAGCCAAUACAGCAAAGCAGCCGAGUCUGAAAUCUCCGAAUUCUGGUCCCGCGUCGUCGAAAUCACCAACGGGAUAGUCUCUGCCCGCGGUUUCCAAACCCAGCAACUUCCCAACACCCGUAUCGCCUCCGACGAAGACUUCGACAUAAAAGCCUUCACGCGCCUCAAGACAAUCAUCCUCCCAUCCCUCGGCAACCCAGCCAUCCCAGACCCCAUCCGUCGCGACUUCGCCCGCACCCUCUUCCGCUCCUCAUUCAUCUACGCCCCCCUCCGCUUCGACCUUCCUAAAUCCGGCAUCGAAAACCCCCUGCAAGACUUCUACGCCAUCCGCCCAGGACGAACCUUCGACCCACCCCCAACUCUCCGACCAGGCAUCGCCUACGUCUUGCUCGAUACGCUCUUCGAACUCGCAGCAGCUGAGAAAGAUACCGCAGAGACAGGAACUGGUCCCCGCGUCCUGCUAGCCCGCUCCAUCUCGCCUUAUCUCCUCUUGCGCUGCGCUGUCUCGCUCAAGUCUUAUAUCGCAGAUCAGCCCCUGCGCGGCUUGAUGCCGCAGCCUACGCCUGCUCGAAAGGCCCUCAUCCAUCUUCUCGAUCAUUUGGUUCAGUUGAGAAGUGAGCCUUCGGCGAUCCCUGACCCAUCGACUAUUAAGACUGUUUCGACUUCUGAGGUGGAUGUCCCUACGCACUACCGUAAGCAUCUGGAGUGGAUUUACCCGCUUGUUGUUCGUGCUGUGCAGGUUGCUGGUAAGGAGAGAGAUGAUGGUCGCAUUCUUCAGGCGCUUGGGAAGGUGUUGCAGGAGAUUGGACGGUUUGAAUAUUAG